UCGAGAUCUCCCGAAUGUAAUGCUUGCCCCAAUUUUUUGUAAUUUUCAUUGAUAAUGGAUGUCGAUGAUCUGAAAGAAUUGCACUUGCUGAGGGAGGAGAAUGCUCGUUUGAGGUUACAGCUUGAGAAACAUGAAUUAGAAUUGAUGAAAGCUGAAGAUGAAAACCACUCCAGCAAUGACACCUCAGCAGAAGCGCGACCAAGUAUUACCCAUCUUGACAAUGCUAGUAUCAAGAGAUACAGCAGACAGCUCAUUCUACCAGAACUGGGAGUGAAAGGUCAGCUGCAGAUUGCUAAUUCAUCAGCGUUGAUUGUAGGUGCUGGAGGGCUGGGAUGCCCAGCUGCUAUCUAUCUUGCUGCUGCUGGCAUAGGUAGACUAGGAGUAGUGGAUUACGAUGAGGUAGAACUGAGUAACCUUCAUAGACAGAUCCUACAUACAGAGCAGAGGGUCGGAUGGUCCAAGUCAGACUCUAUCAAAUCUAGUAUUAAAAGCCUCAACUCAUCAGUGCAAUGUAUAGCUUAUCAUCUUCAACUUGACAGAAACAAUGCUAUGGACAUCAUCAGACAGUAUGACAUGGUAUUGGACUGUACAGACAACGUAGCCACUAGAUAUCUCCUGAAUGAUGCCUGUGUGCUGGCAGGGAAACCCUUGGUCUCGGGAAGUGCUCUCAGGUUUGAAGGACAGCUGACUGUAUAUAACCAAGGAGGGGGUCCAUGCUACCGGUGUUUGUACCCCAGACCUCCCCCAGCAGAGACGGUCACUAACUGUUCUGAAGGUGGUGUCUUAGGAGUAGUUCCUGGCAUCAUUGGUUGUAUACAAGCACUAGAAGCUCUCAAGAUGGCUGCUGGUAUAGGCACAUCCUACUCCCAGAAGCUAUUACUGUUUGAUGGGUUGGACGGUACGUACCGGUCUAUCAAACUCCGACCCAAGAAACCAACGUGUGACGUGUGUGGCGACAAUCCGUCUGUAACGCAGCUCAUCGACUAUGAAGAGUUCUGCGGUGCCAGCGCCACCGACAAGUGUAUAACCUUACAUCUCCUCGAAGCCAAAGAUAGACUUAGCCCGCAGACCCUUGCCAGUGAACUCCUCAGCCAGGACUCCUCUUCUCGUCUCCUUCUGGAUUGUAGACCGGAGAUAGAGUUUGAGAUCUGUAGACUACCAGAUAGCAUCAAUGUUCCAAUCGAUGACAUUGAAAAUGAGAAGGGCAUACCAAGGUUAAAAGAAGUGGUCACCAAGCAGCUUGCCAACCAACACGAUAAUCCUUUUCCAAUUUACGUUGUAUGCAGAAGAGGCAACGACUCGCAGAAAGCAGUACUCAAGCUACGCAAGGAGUUGGACUCUUUACCAGUCGCUAUCAAGGAUGUUUGCGGUGGACUAACAGCAUGGACAAACCAAGUAGAUCCAGAUUUUCCAGAGUACUAAAGCAAGAUAAAGGGUGCUCUAUUGAUAUAAUCUUUGGCCUAUCUGCCAUUUAACAUCUGUUUCUUAUAAAGUGCUUUACCAUUACGAUUAAUGUAUUGAAUUGCUUACUAUUAUUACCCCGGUCACUGGAUUCCAUUACUAUUCUGCACAGCACAGUUCGCAUUCUUCACUCCCUGCGGAGCAUUUGAGCCAUACACUGUAAGUGAUUUUUUUUUUACAAUAAGAUCAAAGGUUUUAAACAUAUAUAAUGCUGUUUUGAAAUAUGAAAAUUAAGACUUUUUUUUCAUUUUUCAAGACAAGGCUUUUUAAUAGGUCAUCCCUGAUUCCACUUGAUUCAAAUUAUAAAUCAGGGUGAUUUUAACAAAAUAUGUUGCAAUCUGUCAGUAACAUUAUUGUAGUGCAGACGUUUUACACUCCGCGGGCAGGAUGUGCCAACUAGGCCACGGCUUUGUUUGGUUGCAAUUUACGACCGGGCUUGUAGAACUAUUCGCAGCAGAAGGCUUCCAAUGUGCUAUUUUAGCUGCUGCCUACCAAAUAUUUAUUAUUACCAAAGCUACCAUACCAAUUUCUACCAGUUCUACCAUAUCGCCCACCUGUAUUUCAUGAUACACAUAAAACUCAGCAGGCUAUGACUUCUUUUCAGUAACUCUUUAAUAAACCAUAGUGUACACUUCGUCAACUUGUCCACGCAUGGCCUGUACUCGGGGCUCACCAGCUCCUUACAUGUGACAUGCACAUCUAUUUAUUUGUGGAAAUGAAUAUGUUAAAACAACAACACAUAUUUUAGAAACCUGAUCAUAAACGGCAUGUGCACUCUGGGGAUGUUUGCGUGUCUGGAGGUUGACCUUUCAGUUCAGACGAAUCCUAGUUGCCAGCUUCUUCUCUUGCCGCAGCUUGUAGGCCACGCUCUUGAUGGUGGUAGAUCCGUGCGUACGCUAACCCGGGCGAAGCUCUGGGGCAUUGUUGCUGCUACUCUAUUGCGAGCUUCUUCUCUUGCUGCAGCUUGUCGGCCAACCCUGCAAGCCAGCCACGCUCUCGUUUCAUUUUCGAUGGUAGAUGGUAGCUCUGGGGCGUAGUUGUUGCUACUCUAUUGUGUUGCUGCGGCUCGUCGGGUGGCAUGGGAGGUUGCGGGGGUGGUGGAGGCUCUGCAGGUUGUAUAACAUUCAAGUUUGAAUACUUUUCAUCUCCUACCCUAGCACUACAUGUAUAUUGCACUGUUACAGUUUUAUUUCCAAAAUGUAGUGGUAAACCUAUGAUCCCUAUAUCUCUGUCAACAGAAUAUAUUAAGACAUUAUUACAGUCUGUCAAUUACAUGAAGCCAGAUUUGCGUAUCUGACUCCUCAUGAUUGUGUACAAAGCGAUGGUGACCAUAAAGCCUUGCCACCUAUUAGUCGGGAAAUCUUGUUUUGCCUGGGAUAAUUGUCGGGGUAGGCAGAAACGACCGAUAUGACGACGAUGAUGAUGUUUGCCUAGACGACGUUUCGAUGCAGUGCUUGAUGAUUUUGCUCGUCGGCUCGUGAUGGACGCCGACAAGGGAAACGGAGACAACUUUGCAUGUGCCUGGCUAAUUUUGUGGUUUUAAACCUUUUUCUACUUGUCCCACUUGAGGGCCUGUCACUGAUGUUGAAUGGCAGGAAAGAGGAUUGUCUUCUGGUAAUUAUAAAAGGUCCUCUCUGAGAUUCUAGCAACUUUCAGGUGCUUUAGGACACGCAGAGAUUCCCUGCUGCUGCCACCGGCAAACAGAAUGGAUGCUGACAACAGGAUGUUGCCAGCAGGCAUAUUCCAAUAUGAGGGCUGGCUCUCCCAUGUCGUGACUGCCGCUGUAAUAACUCUCGCACUCUCUGACGGCUAACAUGGUUCCACCCUCCCUCUUAAACAAUGUCACAUUACAUGACUGGCAAUUCGGGCACCUCACAAGGAGCUCCAUCAGUUUGGACUCGAAGACGAUGUACUUCUUCUCGAUAUUUGGAUGAACUGUCCUAUGAGGAACUUCCCAUGGAGUCCUAGGAGUCUGUCCUCUUUUUCUACAUUAAAGAUUCCUUUAAGAGCAUAUUCUUAAACUCCUCCAUAUCGAGGCCAGCACCCUCACCAGUUGUCAACACUGAGUUCAUUACCUGUCCCAUGUCAUUUCCAACAUUUGUCAUCCAGUUUGCGGUGUUGGCUACAUCACCAGCAAGUUUCUUUGUGAUCUGAAAUGAUUAAUUGACGAACCAAAUAUGAAAAUAAGAUUUUACUCCAUCUCUUUCUUUUGUACGUGUAUGUAGGAAUAUUAUCAUAAUUUGUUAAAGUCCUGGGCGCACAGCAUGGUCAUUGUACCGGUUACAAGCAACUCCCGUCACGGAACUUUCUUUCAAAGUCGCGGACCCCCAUACCGCCACUGCCAAGUUUUUCACCAUUAGACUGUUUUUUUAUUUGGUUGGUGAUUGAGUUCAGCUUGAACUCUGGUAUGGAGAUGCCUGCCCCUAGUGAUACCUUGAAAUAAGAAUGAAUAUACGACACAAGUUUUAAAAAGAGGGACUCCCUGUUUUCCACUUGCAGGCUGUCCCAUAAGUAUCCAUCCACUUUAGUCAUAACUACAAACAUGUGUUUGCAUGUAUACCACUGGUGUAUCUAGUCCGGACAUUCACAAUUCGACAAACAUUU